AUGGUUGCUGAACUCCAAUCCGCGCCCGCAGGGACCUUGAUUCCUUCCAAAGACCGCGUUGAGCCGGGAUCGGUGAAUGUGCCAGUUUGCAAAUGGCCCAAGACUGCAGAAACCAUCUCAGGCGACCCGGAUUCAAUCGCCGACGCGACGACCGGCAUUAUCAAUGCAGCUCUGAACAGCAGCGACCCCGAUCCUCAAAGGAUAGCCGCUCUAUUCCUGGAAGAGGGCUAUUGGCGGGACCACCUCGCUCUCUCAUGGGACCUGCGCACUCUGAAAGGACGGCAUCAAAUUGUGGACUUUAUCAGCGAUACGCGAUUGCCGCUGCUCAAGAUCGAAGUCGACAGGAGUUCCGCUUUUCGAGCACCGAAGGCUGUCAAUUUCGAUUCCCCACCCAGUAGUACCAAAGGGAUACAAUUUUUCUUCACAUUCGUUUCGCAGAUCGGAAGCGGCCAGGGGGUCGCUCGCCUCGUGGACCAGGGUCAUGGAGAAUGGAAAAUCUUCACCUUUUACACCGUUUUGCGAGAAAUCAAAGGAUUCGAGGAGACAACUCACCACCAUCGACCGAAGGGCGUCGAGCAUGGCGGGAAAUUUGAUCGGAAGAACUGGCAAGAGCGGAGGAAUGCUGCUCUCAAUUUCGAGGAUAGUGAGCCCGUGGUUCUAGUUAUUGGUGCGGGCCAAGGUGGGCUGACCAUCGCGGCACGUCUUCAGAUGCUCGGGGUCGAUACUUUGGUCAUCGACAGUGAGGACAGAGUUGGCGACAACUGGCGGCGGAGAUACCAUCAACUUGUCCUUCAUGAUCCGGUUUGGUAUGAUCACAUGCCUUAUCUUGAAUUCCCCUCGACUUGGCCUAUUUUCACCCCCAAGGACAAACUUGCAGAAUGGUUCGAGGCCUACGCCAAGAUCCUCGAGCUGAAUGUAUGGGUAAAAACCGUGAUUGAAUCUUCUUCAUGGGAUGAGACCGAGCGCGUAUGGACGGUGAAGCUACGGCGCACGACUGCCACGGGCUCCGAGAUUCGGACGAUACACCCCAAGCAUUUAAUCCAGGCAACUGGCCAUUCUGGGAAGAAGAAUUUUCCAGCGCAUCUCAAAGGACUCGCACAAUUUCAGGGUCACGUCCUCUGUCACUCGUCGGAUUUCCGAGGGGCCAGAAAGGAAGGCAAAGGCACCAAGGCCGUCGUGGUUGGCUCAUGUAAUUCGGCGCAUGACAUUGCUCAAGACUUUUAUGAACAAGGCUACGAUGUUACCAUGGUGCAACGCUCCACCACGUGCAUUGUCACGAGCCAGGCCAUCAUGCAAAUCGGGAUGAAAGGGUUGUACGAGGAAGAUGGCCCAGCCGUCGAUGACGCAGACCUGUACCGCCACAGCUUCCCGAGCGAAGUCCUCAAGGCCGUCUCGGUCAAGAUUGCACAGGCUCAGGCGGACUUUGACGCCGACAUCCUCGAGCGUCUGGCGAAAGUCGGGUUCCAAACUGAUCGAGGCCCGGAUGACGCAGGUAUCUUCAUGAAAUACUUCCAACGUGGAGGUGGCUACUACAUUGACGUUGGGGGCUCGCAACUUGUCGCCGACGGGAAAAUCAAGGUCAAGCAAGGCCAGGAGAUUCUUGAAGUCCUUCCCCACGGACUUCGCUUUGCCGAUGGAUCGGAACUUGAAGCCAGCGAGAUCGUGUUUGCGACGGGUUAUUCGAACAUGAGGAGCCAGGCUCGCGAGAUCUUUGGGGAUGAGUUGGCCGAUCGGAUCGGGGAUGUCUGGGGAUACAACCACGAGGGGGAAAUGCGUACUAUCUGGCAGAAAUCGGGCCAUCCUGGAUUCUGGUUCAUGGGUGGCAACCUGUCUCUUUGCCGCUUCUACUCCAAGAUUCUGGCUCUUCAGAUCAAGGGCCUGCUGGAAGGUCUGUAUCAAUACUAG